CACCUUGCUCCAUCAUCUUCAAUAAAUUUCUAGAACUAGAAGAAACGUCUCUUUUAGAAAAAAAUCUCCUCUUUUGUUGCUAAAACCCAAAAAGCAUCUGUUUUUUUUUCUCCUCCUUUGAGCUUUCGGUGAUUUUGUUUCUCUGCGUUGAUCCAUAAGGCGUCGGCGUCGGCGUCGUUGACAGUGGUGUGGUUGGUUCGUUUCCUGGAAUCUGCAAAAACAAUCUAAAUGUCCCGUGGAAGAGUUCCUUUGAUGGAUCUGAAACGAACUUAUGAUGUUGAAGAAGCGGGAUCUACACCAUCCACAAUCGAAGAAGAAGAUGAUGAUCUAUGGCCUCUAUGUGAGAUUGAUCCGGAAAAAGGAAAAUUCCCUUGCUGUAUAGUCUGGACUCCUCUCCCUGUUGUCUCUUGGUUGGCUCCUUUCAUUGGCCAUGUUGGACUUUGCAGAGAAGAUGGAGUCAUUUUGGACUUCGCUGGCUCUAACUUCAUCAAUGUCGACGAUUUCGCAUUCGGUCCUCCUGCUCGCUAUCUCCAACUCGAUCGAACUCAGUGUUGCUUACCACGAAACUUGGGUGGGCACACUUGCAAGUAUGGAUUUAAACACACAGAGUUUGGAACAGCGGUUACGUGGGACGAUGCACUGAGCACGAGCGCACGUAGCUGUGAGCAUAGGACCUACAACCUCUUCACAUGUAACUGCCAUUCGUUUGUUGCUAACUGUAUGAACCGGCUUUGCUAUGGAGGUUCAAUGGAGUGGAAGAUGGUGAAUGUUGCUGUUCUGAUUUUGAUGAAAGGGAAAUGGGUCAGUGUGUCAUCGGUGGUCCGGUCAUUUCUGCCCUGUGCUUUGGUUACUUGUUUGGGGGUAUCACUCGUCGGGUGGCCGUUCCUGAUUGGUCUAUGCUCGUUCUCGCUACUACUUGUCGCGUGGUUCAUAAUUGCUACUUACUGUUUUAAGAACAUAAUUUGUUGAAGUAGUAGGAAAGAAAUAUUUGUGUUUAUGCAUAAACAUUUUGUUAAUCUAAGAAUUGUUCUCCUUUCUA